AUGCCUGCCGACCGUGGGAAACAUUCUCAAAGCGUCGUGGUCUCAUGCAGUCGCUGGGUCCCAAUUGCCCAAUACACCGACCCAAAAUACAAAUGGCCUUGUUCCUGGGACGGAUGUGAUAAAUGGUUUACCAGGGAGUAUGACAUGAAGCGCCACAUCGGCAAUGUACACCUUAAAGAGAGGCAUGAGUGCAUUUAUGCGAAGUGCACUUACACCGCGACUCAAGAAAGUAACUUGACGGCUCAUAUCAACAAAGUACAUAAAAACAACAAGCGACCGUACUCUUGCGUGGUCCCAGGGUGCCCUAAGGCGUACGGAGACCCCUCUGCCUUGUCGCGGCAUAAGAGGCGUUGCAUUGACGAGUACUGUGCCGAAAACUCUCUCGAUGUGGAGGAGUUCAAGGCGACACUGCCCAGGAAGAAAGCCGCCGGGAAGCGAUACCCCAACGUCCCUGCUCACGUCGAGCGUAUCCUCGAGUCGGAUGAUCCGAACCCAGCCAGUGCGGCGACCCUGUUUGGGUCUUUCCGGCAGGUGACACCGCCAGUUCAGCCUUCCGUCCCCGCCACGCCCGCUGUCCCCGUUCCACCCAUCGUUGCCCUUGUCGAUAGAGAGCCUUCUCCUGAAAGUGAGGAGAUUGACGAGCUCUUUGACACCCCCGAGCCUCCCUCUUGCGCCUUGGCACUGCCGUCUCCCGCCGCCUCUCUGGCCUCGUCCUCUUCGAGCAUCCUCAAUACCCCUCUCUCCACCCCACAUCUGGACGUUAAGCAAGAGAUCAAGGUGGAGGACCCGCUGCACUGGGUUUGGGACAACUACUUCGACCUCACCGCAGCCGCUGAUUCUCCAGUCCUGCCUCCCGUGUCUCUGCCCGCCGCCGCUGACGUGAAGCCGGACGUUGCGGACCUCUUCCCUGCUUCUAACUCAACUGGCAACCUCUUUGGCCAGCCAACGACCACUGUCGACCCUGUGGUGAUCAAUCAAAUGCUGCGCCAGACCACCUUCGUGGACCCCGCGCCGAUUAUCCAGCCCUUCCCGAUGGCAUAUAACGUUCCAGUCAAGAUGGAGGAGAUACCGGUCAUGUUAAACGCCCCGAUGAAGGCCGAGCCUGGCGCGGACGUCCAUAUCAACCUCAACAGCAACGCCUUCAUGCCUCAGGACUUCGCUGGAAUGCAGCAGCCCUUCCAGCCCACCCUUUCCCCGCCGAUGCUUAUGCCUAACUCGAUGCCCAUGUCCAACUCGAUGCCCCUGCCUAACUCGAUGUCCAUGCCCAAUUUCGGCAUGGGUAUGGGCGUCCCCAACUCCGACCUGUUCCAGGCUGCCAACGAGUUCGCUCCUCAGUACAACUUCGCAAACGGUAUGCCCAUGGGUCAGUUCAUGCCUCAGCCUCGACUUCGGCCUCUUUCGGCCAACCCCUAUGCUCAUUUGCUCUUCAACCCCAACCCUUUCGCGAACCAGUUCAACGGCAACCAGGGCUUCUUCUAA